AUGGGCAAUAACUGUACCUGUUGGAAAUACGACUUGCAAAGUCAAAUAGAACAAGAAAAAAGAUCGAAACCGAAAUGGUAGAGCUUAGAGUUCUUGAAGUCGUAGGAGCAUAAAAUAGUUAAAAUGCAGUCUUGGAUUCGUGGGUGGUAAGCGCGUUAACGAGUUUGGAAGAUUCAAUUGCAGAAAUACAACGACAGCGUCAAUGAAUAGUUGAGAACAUAUUCCGUCAGCGUGAUCAAUGUGGGAUCAAAACAACUACCUCCAUUUGAUUUUGGAAUUGACGAUAUUAAUGAUUCUCUAGUUCAUUAAAAAGUACUCAAAGCACCAAUGAAAUUAGAAAACGGGGCCACCUAUUUUGGGGAAUGGAUCAAUGAGUUAAGACAUGGCAAAGGAAUCCUGAUCUGUGAUGAUGGUUCAAAAUAUGAAGGCUAUUUUUACCAAGGAAAUGCCCAUGGGAGAGGCAGGUUAAUACAUUCCAAUGGGGAAAUAUAUGAGGGACUAUGGGAAAAUGAUGAGGCACAUGGUUUAGGAACAUACAUUCACGAAGACGGAGCAACUUAUGUAGGAUAGUGGGAACACGAUUUAUAACAAGGAAAGGGAAGUGAGAAAUGGCCAGAUGGAAGUUAUUUUGAGGGAGCUUAUAAGCAAGGGAAAAAGGAGGGAUUGGGAAAGUUUGUUUGGGCAGACGGAGCAAUCUACGAUGGAGAAUUCAGAAGCAAUAAUAUAGAUGGGUAUGGAAAAUACUCUUGGCCAGAUGGAAAGUAAUAUAUUGGUUAUUGGUAAAAUAACAAAAAAAAUGGCAAAGGGAAGUACAUCUGGCCUGAUGGAAAGGUUUAUGAUGGAGAUUUUGUGUUUGAUUAAAAGCAUGGUUAGGGAAUAUUGAGAUUCCCAGAUGGAAGAGCAUAUGAAGGAGAAUGGUAAUAAGAUAAACAACAUGGAAGAGCCAUAUUAAAAUUGCCUAAUGGCAAAACAUCCUUUGGAGAAUGGAAGAAUGGUAUACGUAUCAAUUGA